AUGGUUGACGUCAUGUCGAUGGAAGCUGCUCGUUUAAACAUCGAUCUGUCUUCAGUUGAUUGGGAUUCCAUUCAACUGCCUCCCGGUGAAGAUUUUGGCAUCAAAAGUGACGAUGAGGAUCUUAAGGAGGAGGAUUCACUGGAAUUCGAUGCUGGAUUUGGAAGUAUAAUUAUUGUGGAUAACUUGCCAGUCGUGCCUAAAGAGAAAUUUGAGAAGUUUGAAGGCGGUGUGGUACGUAAUAUCUACAGUCAGAUUGGUGUAAUAAAAGAAAAUGGUCUUUGGAUGCCUGUUGAAGAAGACACUGGCAAAACCCGGGGCUAUUGUUUCAUUGAGUACAACACCCCUCAGGAAGCUGAGCUUGCUAAGGAGAAGACCAAUGGAUACAAGCUAGGCAGAGCUCACAUCUUUGCUGUCAAUAUGUUUGACGAAAUCGAUAAAUUCAUGAAUGUACCAGAUGAGUGGGCCCCUCCAGAAAUUAAGCCUUAUGUACCAGGGGAAAAUCUGCAACAGUGGCUUACUGAUGAGAAAGGCAGAGACCAGUUUGUUAUUCGUGCUGGAUCUGACAUAGAGGUCCUUUGGAAUGAUGCGAGACAAGUGAAGGCUGACCCCGUUUAUAAGCGCCCUUUUUGGACAGAGAGUUUUGUCCAGUGGUCUCCAUUGGGGACCUACUUGGCCACAGUUCAUAGGCAGGGUGCUGCUGUAUGGGGAGGUGCUGCUACAUUUAAUCGUCUGAUGCGCUAUGCACAUCCACAGGUUAAACUAAUUGAUUUUUCUCCCGGUGAGAAAUAUCUGGUUACAUAUAGCAGCCAUGAGCCAAGCAACCCGCGAGAUACUCAUAGGGUAGUGCUCAACAUAUUUGAUGUAAGAACUGGAAAAGUAAUGAGAGAUUUUAGGGGAAGUGCUGAUGAGUAUGCAGUUGGUGGAGCUGGUGGUUUCACUGGGGUAUCUUGGCCUGUUUUCAGAUGGGGUGGCGGCAGGGAGGACAAGUACUUUGCGCGAAUGGGCAAAAAUGUUAUUUCAGUUUAUGAGACAGAGACCUUCAGUCUUAUUGACAAGAAGUCCAUUAAAGUUGAGAAUGUUAUGGACUUCAGCUGGUCUCCGACUGAUCCUAUUUUUGCAAUUUUUGUUCCUGAACUUGGUGGCGGAAAUCAACCUGCUAGAGUGAGUCUUUUCCAAAUCCCAAGCAAAGAAGAGCUGAGACAGAAAAAUCUUUUUUCUGUCAGUGACUGCAAAAUGUAUUGGCAAAGCAGUGGAGAGUACCUUGCAGUUAAAGUUGACCGUUACACAAAAACCAAGAAAAGCACAUAUACCGGCUUUGAGCUUUUCAGAAUUAAAGAGCGUGACAUUCCUAUCGAGGUUUUUGAACUUGAUAACAAGAAUGACAAGGUCAUCUCAUUUGCUUGGGAGCCAAAGGGACAUAGGUUUGCAGUUAUUCAUGGUGAUAAUCCACGUCCAGAUGUUAGUUUCUAUUCUGUGAAGGGUGGGAAGGUGGCAAAGCUCACAACUCUCAAGCAAAAGCAAGCAAACGCUCUCUAUUGGUCUCCGGAUGGCCGUUUUGUUAUUCUGGCUGGAUUGAAGGGAUUUAAUGGACAGUUGGAAUUCUAUAGUGUGGACGAGCUUGAAACUAUGGCAACUGCUGAGCAUUUCAUGGCAACUGACAUAGAAUGGGAUCCUACCGGGAGGUUUGUUGCAACAUCAGUCACCUCAGUGGAUCAAAUGGAAAAUGGAUUCCAGAUAUGGUCUUUCAAUGGCAAGCAACUCUACCGAAUUCUAAAGGAUCAUUUCUUCCAGUUCUUGUGGAGGCCAAGACCACCAUCUUUCUUGAGCCCCGAGAAAGAGGAAGAAAUCGCAAAGAACCUGAAGAAGUACAGUAAAAAGUAUGAUGUCCAGGAUCAAGAUAUCUCGGUAUUGUUGAGUGAGCAGGAUCGAGAAAAGAGGAAGCAGUUGAAGGACGAAUGGGAGAGGUGGGUCAACGAAUGGAUAAUAUAUCGUGGAGAUGGGAAGAUGGAGAGACAAAUGUUGAGAGAUGGUGAAGCCAGUGAUGUGGAAGAAGAAUACGAGGCUAAAGAAGUGGAAGCCGAAGAAUUGUUGGACGUAUCUGAAGAAAUCAUCCCAGAUGCUGCCUAAAGAGCUUUGGAAGCGCGCUAUGUAUGACAUCAAUUUUGCUAGGGAACUAUGUUAGUAGUCUACUUGUGACAAUUGUGAUGAAGAUUUCUAAAGGUGACAAUACGCCUGGAUGGAUUCCUGGAAAUCUGAACAAGGGUCAUUUGGACAACUUUUAUUACUUAUUAGCUGUUUUGACAAGUGCUGAUUUUGUGGUCUACUUGUUAGUGGCAAACUGGUACAAGUAAAUCAAGUUUGAAGGGAGAAGUGAAAAACUAGAGGGCUGCCAACAUGUUUGAUUUGCUAGUCUGAUUUGUUUGGAUUGAUUUUUUGUGUAAAAUAUAUAAAAAAUUAUUAGUCUUUUUUCCUCAUAUAACUUAAUAUGUUGAAAUGAACAAGUUUCUGAUCUACGAUCUUAAUUAUUUGUCCCCAUGAUAAUAAAUCAAUUUAUGUAUUUUAUUGUUCU